UGAUGACUCUGAUUGGCUGGUAAUGUAAAACAGACAACAUCAAUCUGUCACAGGAAGUGUGAUGUUCAUUUACACUAUCUGUUCUGGAUCAGUCAGAGUUGAAAGUUGACGCGUGUGUGUGUGAGAUGAUGGUUCAGUGGGCUGCUGUUUAUCCAACACUACGUUCCUUAUGUCUCAGCUGUGCUCUCAGCAUGGGCUCACGGAUGGUCUCUUUGAUGUGAAACCUGCGUCAGCCAUCAGAGUAAACGAGGCUUUGUUGCUGGAAGAAGGACAGGCUACACCUUUGACAGAGAGCUCCUUCCGACAUCGCUUAAGCUAGAACAGUGGUUUCUACACUGCUCUGUCGAACCGUGGCACAGAUGCCCAGGCCGUCUCCUCUCUGCACCUCUAAGAGGGUGCCAGAGACUGUAAAAAGCCCUCUCCCUUCUUCUCCCUCCACAUCUCCGUCCUCACCCUCAUCUGCUCCUUCUUCCCCCUCCUCUGCUUUCUCAACCUCUCCUGGAAGAAUGGGAACAGGAUAUCGCGAGGAGGAGGACGGCACCUGUGCUGGGAAUAAUCGGGUCAGAAAAACAGGCGGAGAUGGCGUGUCGUCGACCUCAUCAUCUCUGGCUCCCUCGUUGCUCUCUGCACCUCCUACAGCUUCUUUACAUCAUCUGUCUUCAUCACCCCAUCUUUAUGACAAUGGCCAGAGGGAGGACAUGGACACGGAGAUAUAUGACCCCUUUCAACCCACAGAGGGCGAGGGCAUGCCAGGCGUAGUGGCCGGAGACGAAGGAGAUAAGUACGACCCCUUUGAACCCACCGGAUCACCAGCAUCAGAGAAAGAGAUGAACGAUGAUCAAGAUGGAGAGGAGGAAAGUUCGAUCAGCAGCAUAAGAAUAGCAUGUGACAUAAAGGACACUAAAGAGGUGGAGCUGGAGACAACUCCUGAGGCAGAGGGUCCGCCUCCAGACUCAACAGAGACAGGAGAGCGACUGUUGGUGUCUGAGCACACGCCUACACAGGUGAACAGGAUCAAACAUACGAGACAACGAGGAAAAGAUCGAAGAGAAGAGGAUGACUCAGAGCACUCAGAAAUAGAAGAAGGAGAGAUUGUGGGUGUUGCUGAGAGCAGAAGGGAAAGGGAGAUUGAGAUAAGAAGGGAGGUGCUGCUACCGUCCUCGGGGAGUCCUUCAUUCUUACAGGGGGGAGGUCUCAAACCUGAGAGGAUACUGCGAGUCCUUGACGGUGAAGGAUUUGUAUCAAUUCGAGCGGAGGGUGACUGGGACAAACAACCGGUGCCCCCUAUUGGCAUGGGAGACCUGAGAAGGAAACUCACCAACAGACGAAAACAGAGAUUCAGAUCUUGCCCUUCUUCAGCAUCCAUAUCGCCGCCUCCUGCAUCUGUCCUACCCAUACCAUCUCUCUCCCCACCGGCAUCCCAACCCCAGGCCACGGAGAAGGUAAGGAGUCGCAGAUCUUCCAAAAGCUCCAAGGAGAGAGAUCGGCGCAAGAUGAAAGGACAGGAAAAGGAAAAGCGAAAGAAGAGGAAAGAGGAAAAGGGGGAAUCGGAAAGAGCAAGUAGAGAGAACAAGGAGAGGGAGCAUGAAAGGAGGAGCAGAAGAGAAGGAAAAGACAAGGACAGGAGGAGGAGCAGCAGAAGUUAUAGUCAAACAAGGAAGACCACACAUCGCAGCUCUCCAGAGCCAUCUUCUCACUCCCAUAACGCCUCUCGGCAUACGCACAGUCGCAGGUCCUGGUCCAGCCCCUUGGAAGGCCACCACCGAGGGAGAGACCGAAAUCGGGACAGAGACCGGGAAAGGGAUCGAUACCGAGACAGGAGGAGAGAUAACCGAGAGAGAGAUAAAGACUCCAGAAUGAGAGAAGGAAGGAAGAGGGAUCAGGAGGAACGAAGCAAGAGGUCAGAUAGCCGAGAGAGGGGGGAUGCAAAAAGGAGAAGAGAGAGCAGCAAUCGAAGAGACGGGGAGAAAGAAAGAGGGCGGGAAAGGGAGCGGGACAGGAGAAGAGAUGGCCGUCCUGUCGUACCUCCGUCUAUUCAGGACCUGAAUGGCUCGGACCUUUUCGCAAUCAAACGUACCAUCACUGUUACCACUACACCCACCAAUACCUUGAUCACUACCUCUCCUUCCCACACCCAGGAUCGGGCCCAGAGUCCUACACAAGACUCGGAUAAACCCCGCAAGCGCAAGAGGAAACGGAGGAGACGCUCUGAUGAUGAGGAGCAUAGGAGCAGAUCUCAUCCCACCUCUCUAAGCCCUGUUCGAUACCAUGGUUAUGAAUCGGACCGGCUCUCGGACCAGCCCGAGCCAGACAUGCUUUCUUUGGAUGGAGAGGCGUUGGACUCUGAUUACCCUUCACUUGAGGACUCCCCUCUGCUCCCUCCUCCCCCUGAACCUCCUUUGCCAAGCCCCAAACUCAAAUCCCCAGCUCUCAAAAGUAGCCGGCACCAUCAGAAGAAGAAAUCCAGAUCGAGGAGCAAAAAACUGGGCCAGUCUGAAUCAUCCACUUCCUCCUCUUCUCACAGACCCAAAGCAAGCAAAAGUAAAAGCCUUUUGCCCUCACUGUCCUCGCCUCUUUCUGCAUCCUCUGGCAACACUGCUCCCCUUUCUCUCGCUGCUUCCUCAUCCUCUGCCAAAAGAGUACGGAAGACUGGGAAAGAUAAACCAAGCAAGAAGGAAUCCAGUCGCUCAGGAAGAUCCAAGAAGCUUGGCGGAAGCAGCAGGAAGGGUAAACUACAGUCUAAAGUCUCGGUGCUGGUCCGGGAGGGAGUAAGCAGCACCACAGGAAACUCUGGUAAACUGGGUAUUGAUCUUCUGGGACCCAGUGGAACAACAGGACCCUCAGUGGUGGGCGGGUCUAUAGCUGUUGUUUUCCGUCGGGACAACGAAAGCCGAUCUCCAUUCCUGAAGCCCUGCUCAGAACCGCUUUCCUUGCCUGGCAGAGUCAAAGAUUUGAAUAAGACUGGCAAGCAGCGGAAUACCCUUUCAUCCCUGUCCUCAACGAACCCAACAGGACUCAAGUCAAAGAAAGCCAAGCCAAGCUCCACCACCUCCACAUCAUCAUCUGCAUCCUCACCCACAUCAUCCUCAGCAGCAAAACGCAGACGAAGGCCAGGAAAGAAGUCCCGGGAGAAGGGUCUUGUAGUUGACGGGCCUAACACCAAAGGUGCCAACAGCAGUACAUUGGGAUCUGGUUGGACUGAUGCUGCAGAUAUUCAGCCUUUGGGUGGAAUCGGUCCUAAACCAUCAAGUCCACCCUCCACACAUCCUGGGCCCACACCUUCAUCUGCAUCUUCAUCAUCAUCCUCCUCCUCAUCGACAAGUAUUCUUCCCCCAUCUUCCUCGCCCCCUCACACUCCUCCAUUGUCUUUACCGCCUUCUCGAGACACUAGAGAAUCAUCUCCAGACUCUCAGACUGUAGACAGCAGCUGCAAGACUCCUGAACCUUCUUUCCUUUCAGAAGAGUGCCCUGUUCAGUCUCAGUCCACCCUGCUUGUGCCUGCAAAGUCACCUCCUAGCCCACCACCGUCAAGAGGAGAUGGAAUUUCGCAGUCUGUCUCCAAACUGCUCCCACUCGAUGACCAGAAGACGUCACCACCUUGCUCUACUUCAUCAGCGUUGGCCGCAGCUUCUCUUGCACAUUCCAUUCCUCCUCUGGCAGCUGAACCUUCCUCAUCCUCCUCAGCUUCAGUGUCCUCUUCAACGGUCAGUAAGCCUCCGCCCCCUCCACCCCCACCCUCUGCUGUGCCACCUUUGCCCUGGAGCCUUCAGACAGGCGUAGACUGCACCGCUGGAGGCGUACUUGCGUUGACUGCUCUCCUGUUUAAGAUGGAGGAAGCCAACAUUGCCAGUCGAGCCAAAGCGCAGGAGUUCAUUCAGGCCACGAGCCAGAUUCUCUCUCAGGCUAACCAGAACCAGCCCCAGUCACAUUCUACAUCUUCCUCCUCUGCCUCACUAGUUCCUCCUCCUCCUCCAUCACACGCCCCGCCCCCAGGUCCAACUCCCACCCAGUUCAUUCUCCAUGGCUCCCUCCCAUUGGUUGGCUGCACCAAAACCCCACCGGCACACCUACAUCCUGGAAUUUCAUUGGGUGGUGGAUGUGCUCAGACUCCACCUCCUCCACUGCCCAUGGGGCUGUCUGGGGCAGCAGGGGGUGCCAGUGAGACAGGCUGGGAUGUAGACAGUAAAGACCCUGACAAGUAUUUAAAGAAGCUGCACACCCAGGAGAGGGCAGUAGAGGAAGUGAAGUUGGCCAUCAAGCCGUACUACCAGCGCAAAGACAUCAACAAAGAAGAGUACAAGGACAUCCUGAGGAAAGCUGUGCAUAAGAUCUGUCACAGCAGGACGGGUGAGAUCAACCCGGUGAAGGUGAGUAACCUGGUGAAACUCUACGUGCAGAGGUACAAGUAUUUCAGGAAGCACGGCCGCAAAAUGGACGACGAGGACAAGGAAGAGCGAGACUCCGCCUCCCUGCACAGCUCCACGUGAUUGGACAUCGGGACCGCUUUGUUAGGAAUUUGUGAUUCUCCACCGCUGUGCUACGUGCUGUUCAUGUGAAGUCCCGAACUCCACCUCCACACUAUGCCACGCCCCUUUCCUAUGUGUUUCAUCUAAAUGUGGGGUUAGAGACGAGCACACGCUUUGGAGGGAGAGAUAAAGAACGUGUGUUUUUGUACUACUUUAGGUUCGUCACAAUUCAAGACACUACAUGGCUGUGCUUUCUCUCUCCCUCUGAAUGAAGAAUGUUAAAAUAUUCAACAGAUUAAUCACAGGCUCCUCCCACUCAGUGAUCAGAGGCAGACCAGUGCAUGUUCGAAUGUUGAUGACGUUUUUUUUUGUGUGUGUUUUAUAAACGCAUUUGUCUUUGAAUUGCGGUCCUUCACAUGUCUGAUGGUUUUCUUAGAACAAAGUCAUGGAUGUGGAGAAAAUGGACUCUUCCAGUGACUGUGCUUCGACUCCAUCUCCUCCUCUCAGCCCCUACAGGUGCAGUCACAGGUUCUCACACUUGUGCUUGUAGAUGUGCAUGUGUUUUAGGUUUUAUUUGGACUUCAGGAGGCUGACGUGCAGAGGGAUAAAUCAGAGGGAUAAAAGUAAAGCCGUCGCUUCCAUCAUGAGCGCUGUGACCUGCAAUUUCUCUCUACGUGACAUAAUCGGCGUCUCAUGAGCUGGACUUCGGACCGGAGCCAUCACCAGACAGUAAACUCAAUUAAAAAAAAAAAUCAAGAAGUCCGUCUCGCUGCUGUGCCUGAUUAAUCAGCGAGGAACGUUCUGUCUGAAAUAAAUCAUGUGUUCGUAGAUCUUUACUGGCAAUAUAUAAACAAAACGUCAGCGCAACAUCUUAAAAAAAAAAAAAAAAAGAACUACUCGAACCUGUAAAACUCCUGAAAAAGGACGAUUUGGGAAAUGGUUUGACUUUUCCUACACAGUGUAUAAAACUGCAGAGAAUGUAGUUCAUGUUAAAUCUGAAACUUUAGCUGAGUUUUUGUUUUACAAUAAAUGUUUAUUCGAGAUGAACGAGAGAAAAGCGGUGAGGAGGGAGCUGGUGGAUUGAGAGAGUCUCUGAAAUAAAUUAUUAAACCUUUAUCGAAA